AUGCUCGGAUCGGAGACACGCCGCAGUUUGGUUUCUGUUUGGACGCCGAUAACUGCCACACGUGUGGGCGUUAAGAAAUCUGCCCACACCAAGCAAUCAACCCCUCCUCCCGAUCCCCUGCUCCCGAUCCAAUCGGGCGCGGCGCAGCUGGUCGUCGGCCACCCGUUCGACACCAUCAAGGUGAAGCUGCAGAGCCAGCCCACGCCGCCGCCCGGCCAGCCGCCCAAGUUCGCCGGCGCCAUGGACGCCGUCAAGCAGACCAUCUCAGCCGAGGGCCCCCGGGGCCUUUACAAGGGCAUGGGCGCCCCGCUCGCCACCGUCGCCGCCUUCAACGCCGUGCUCUUCACCGUCCGGGGCCAGACGGAGGCCCUGCUGCGCUCCGAGCCCGGCGCCGCGCUCACCGUCGGCCAGCAGGUCGUCGCCGGCGCUGGGGCCGGCGUCGCCGUCUCCUUCCUCGCCUGCCCCACUGAGCUCAUCAAGUGCAGGCUGCAGGCGCAGAGCGCGCUGGCCACAGCCGCUCCUGCCGCCGCCGCCGCUCCCGCGGGCGGCGCGGCUGCCACCGUCACCGCCACGGCCAAUGCUGCCGCGGUCAAGUACGGCGGGUCGCUGGACGUGGCGAGGCACGUGCUGCGGUCGGAUGGCAGCAGCGCGGCGGCGGGCGCGUAG